UCACAGAACAGUUCUUUUACUGUUUGGGGAUUCGAAUCGAACCCAACAAAGAAUUCGAAUUCAAACACCUUUCAACUCAAAAACCAUUGUAGAGUGUUUGUUACGAUCUUGUGGUUUCCUUCCAUUUUCUUUUCCAAAUUGUAUCGGUUACAGAACUUGCAUCCUAGAAGAGAGCCAUGGCUGAUCCAGACGAAAGCCCUUCCGCUAAGAAAUGGUUGCCUCUCGAAGCCAACCCUGAUAUCAUGAACCAGUUCUUGUGGGGCCUCGGUCUGCCAGUGGAUGAAGCAGAGUUCUAUGACGUGUAUGGUUUGGAUGAUGAACUCUUGGAAAUGGUUCCGAAGCCCGUGCUUGCUGUGCUUUUCCUUUAUCCCCUUACAGCUGAGAGUGAAGCAGAGAGAAUGUUAGAGAAAGAGAUUGUGAAGAAGGAACCAAGUGAAAAAGUUUAUUUCUUGAAACAAACUGUGGGUAAUGCUUGUGGAACUAUUGGACUUCUUCAUGCAAUAGGAAAUGUAUCUUCAGAGAUUAAGCUCUGUGAGGAUUCAUACCUUGAUAGACUCUUCAAAUCAACUGCUCACAUGGAUCCAAUGGAGCGUGCUUUAUUUCUUGAGAAAGACACUGAAAUGGAAGCUGCACAUUUGGUAGCAGCUUGUGCUGGUGAUACAGAGACUCCAGAUAUUAAUACGGAUGUGGACACUCAUUUUAUUUGUUUCUCAUGCGUGGAUGGAGAACUUUAUGAGCUUGAUGGAAGAAGAUCACAACCCUUAUCACAUGGUCCAUCCUCACCCAGCAGCUUGUUGCAGGAUGUAGCAAAAGUCAUAAAAUCGAUGAUCCAAAAAAACCCUGACUCCAUAAAUUUUAAUGUUAUUGCACUCUCGAGGAAAAGUUCUGGUGCUUCAUAAAGUUGGCAUUUUAAUGCAUCUCCCCCCCCCCCUUCUCCAAAAACAAACAUUUGCUCCUUCCUUCGUUGUUCUUCAUUUGUAACUACUAGCUAGUCCUGUACUCCACUGAGAAGAAACGGUGUUUUUUUCUUCCAGUGAGUUGUUAAUGUGAAACACUUUUGGCAUCAUCCUUUUCCUGCCAUCACUGAAAGAAAUCACAAAUAUAUUUGUACUCCCUUCUGUGAUACUUUGACUACUAGUGAGUCUUAUGUUUAUGUCUCCAGGUUUUUUUCAAUGAAUUUUCUGUUCACUAAA